UGCUAAGAUAAGAGGAGUCACUGAGAGUGAGAAUAAGAUGGACAACGAUACGUAUUUCAUGGCUGUGGCCGUCCUCGCUGCAAAAUGGAGCCCGGACCCUAACACUAAGGUCGGGGCCUGCAUUGUGAACCCGGAUAAGAAGAUUGUGGGCAUCGGCUACAAUAGGAUGCCGAAUGGCUGCCCCAAUGGAUCGCUGCCUUGGGCUCGAGAGAGUGAGGACCCACUUGGAAAUAAAUAUCUGUAUGUGUGCCAUGCUGAGCUGAACGCCAUCAUGAACAAAACCUCGGCAGAUGUGAAGGGCUGCACCAUUUAUGUGUCCCUGUUCCCCUGCAAUGAGUGUACCAAGAUCAUCAUCCAAUCAGGUAUAAAGGAUGUGAUUUAUUUGUCAGACAAGUACAAAGGCGAGAACACUACAAAAGCCUCCAAAAAAAUGCUUGAUUUGGCGGAAAUCCCAUACAGGGUUUUUCUGCCAGCUUCCAAAGAGAUCGUCAUUGAUUUUGGUGAAAUUGCGCCUGGUCUAUUUGGUAAUCCACCGGCUGAUCCACCAGCUGAUUGACGUCCGGCCCUCUCCACUAUCCUUCCUCUACCACUGAUGGCUUCUGUUCUCUCCUUCUCAACACAAUCACUGCCUCUGAAGAUCUGAAUUUAGGUGAUCGUAGGGAGCUGGUGUAUUUAGUCUGUUAUACUUUUACUUUGAGUCUUUUAACCUGCAAAUGUUUUAAAACUUUGUAAAAAAUAUAUAUAUUACUAAAAGCUUUGGAAUGUAAAUAGUGGCAACACUAUUCCUAAGCUGUCAGCAGCACAGGCUGUCACCCUUAGUGCCUUUAAAAUAGUUGAGUUUGUAUCUCAUUUUUUCUGGGUUUGUAUCUAUUUACCUUAAUUUUUCCCCUAACAGCAAGUAUAAUGCUAUUAAGUGUAAUCUUCCACAUGUAUUACUGAAGUACUGCCUUUUAGAAAUGUUUAAUGACUAAUAGUCAAGUUUAGAUAUAGUGGGUCUGUUAUGUCCAUUUUGAAGGCAUUGUUGUGAAUGGCUUUUUAAUUCAAUGCAACAUAUAGCUUACCAAAUGCAUUUUCUGUUUGACUCCACUACUGCUGUGACAAAAUAAAAUCAGCCAAAACCUG